CAUACGGUUAUGGCAUCAAAAUUGUCAUAAAGACGGUGUAUUAACCCAUCAGAUUUGAAUCUUGAUAACAUUGAUGAAGUAUUUGGCUAUAUAAAUUAUGAUACGGCAAACCGUACGCUUUUAGUCUAAUUUUGUGAAAGUUCCAGCAAUUCAUUUUCGCACUCGACGAUAUGAAGUUAAUUUUUCUAUUCUUGUAUGCGACCAUAUCGCUUGCGUCUGGUCAAUUGUUCGACGGUCGUUUCUUCGUGCCGGUUGACCAUUUCAGACCACAAGAUGGCAGAGUUGUUCCGUUUAACUACCGAGUGAACAUAGAAUACUACCAGGAAAAUGGACCGAUUUUCUUCUAUUUGAACGAUGCUGGAAGCUUUACCGAUGAAUGGAUCGAACGUGGUUUGAUAGCUGAUUUGGCCAUGGAAUUGGGUGGUGCUGUACUCACAGCAAAUAUGCGAUAUUUCCGAAACAACUUGCCAACACCCACCGCAUCAUUAUCAGAUCUGGAGCAUCUAACUCUCGAUCAAAUCUUGGCAGAUGUUGCCGUUUUUAUACACACAGCCAGAGAUCAUUUGUCCAACGAAGAGGGAAAGGUAUUUGUUUUCGGAACUGGUAUCGGUGGUACUUUAGCAAUCUUAGCUAGACAGAAAUAUCCAAACUUAAUUUACGCUGGUUGGUCAUCAAAUGGUCUAUUCCUUCCUACUGUCUUCACAACAGCCGUAUACGACACUGUUGCUGAUAAUAUUCGUGAGGUUGGUAGCUAUGACUGUGGCGAUCGCGUGACAGAAGCCUUCCGACAAAUUGAACUACUGAUUGCUGCCGGUGACGAUGAAACUCUGGUAGAAGAAUUCGGAAUUUGCAGACCAUUCAAUAUUAGUUCCAGAAUGGACAUUGCUAUGUUCUCCGAGGGUGUAGUUGAGCAAAUUAGCACACAGUUUGAACUAUUCCAUCACACCGGUCUAUCCAGUUUCUGCGAAUCAAUGGCUGUCAUCCCAUCCGAUCCAAUGCGUUCGCUAAGCAGAUGGAUACGGUUUAACUACAACGUUGAUCUUGGUACUUGUCAAAAUUACGAUUACGAGGGACGAAUUCAAUUAACAUCUGACACUGAAUGGGAAAAUCCUGGAACAGCCAGUGGACUUCGUCAGUUCCUCUACUUACAAUGCACUCAGUUUGGAAACUUGCGCACAAACACAAACGGUGGAAUGUUUGGAAACAGAAUUACAGAAGAAUAUCGUCAACGAAUGUGUAUGGAAUCGUUCGGUGAAGAUUACAACUUCGAUGAACUGUACAGAACCGUUGAACUGUUGAAUGUUGCACAUGGAGGACAAAAUCCUCGAGUAACACGAGUACAUUAUACAAAUGGAUAUUUGGACCAAUGGCUUUCUGCUGGUAUAACCUAUACGUAUGACGAAGACGCACACAUUGUCAACGUUCCGGGAUAUUCGCGAUGGGCAGACUUAACAUCUACAAGUACACUGGAUUCCAUUGUGUUGUACAACGCUAAGAGCAGUGUUUUAAAUGAAUUCAGACGUUGGAAUUCUGAAUAAUUAUUGGAAAUAAAUAAAUCGUUUGCCCUGUA